AGUAUAUAUUAAAAAAAAAAAAAGGGACUUGAUUCCAACAAUGAGUUCAGAUGCUGCCGUAGCUCAUGCCGAUCGUAAGAUGGCCCGAGGUGCACUUAUUGUCAUUGAGGGGCUUGACAGGGCGGGCAAGUCAACCCAAUGCGCGAUAUUGGUCGACAAGCUCCGUGAAAAGGGCCAUGAGACGAAAUACAUUCGUUUCCCAGAUAGAACAACUUCGAUCGGCAAAAUCAUUGACGGCUACCUGCGAGGCGAGACUCAAUUGGAUGACCAUGCUAUUCACCUGCUUUUCUCCGCCAAUAGGUGGGAGUUAGCGUCUCAGAUUCGCCAGGAUAUCUCCAAUGGCAUAUCUAUAGUCAUUGACCGCUAUUCUUACUCUGGCGCCGUCUAUUCCGCUGCAAAAAAUAACAGGGAGCUGUCACUGGAGUGGGCGUGGCAACCUGAGAUUGGGCUACCCCGGCCGGAUUUGUGGUUCUUUCUCAAUAUAUCCCCAGAAGAAGCUGAAAGCAGAGGCGGCUACGGCUUGGAAAGAUACGAGAAUGUCACUCUCCAGCUGCGGGUUGGCGAGCUUUUCAAGUCGAUGCAGGGGAUGGAAAACAACGAGGAGAUGCGCAUAAUUGAUGCAAAUCAAUCCAAGGAACAAGUUGCACGAGAUAUCUCUGCACAGGUGCUAUCUGCGGUUGAUUCCAUCGAAGGUCCAUUGAGGCAACUAGGCCACUUGCCCUUUUGAACAACACCCAGUUCUCUCGAAAUGACGAUACUCGGUCAAUGGUUAUUACAUCUUCCCAUUCUGCAUCAUCAUUUGUCGCCGCUUUUCAGCCUCGCAUAGACGUGCCGUUGAGAUUGGUGCGUCUUGACCUAGGAGCACCUUUUUUCCGGCGAUUCAAGAGACAGCAGCCCAAGGUCUUCUUCAAUAACGCGUAGCUUUGGGCCCCAGCUAUUUUCACUUUGGUCGAACUUGUCGGUCGCGUCGAAAUCAGAGAACUUAUCCCGGGAUCCCGUUGAACUGGAGUAAGCUGAGUCUAUGAAGGGAACACCUCCAUUUCUUUUUAGCCUUCCAGAACGACUUUUCGUCUCAGUCCUUUUGCCCCGUAUCCUCAGAGUCAUCUCUUUCAUUAAGAUGGACCAUUCUAUGAUUGAACUACAGCUCGGACAUUUCCCGUUCAUGGGAAUUAUUCUGUUUGGCGCAUUCCCAAUCUCAAGGAACUUAGAUGAGAGACAAAGUAUAUGGGAUGCGCAAUUGCAUUGUCCGUGCGGGCAGAUGGCUAUCAGGUCGUCUUCCAGAUUCAGCUUUUGUUUGCAAAUGCCACAAGGAAUAACGUGCUUAUCAAGAAGAAACUCAGCCUUGGCAAAGUAAUUUUUGAGCUUUGCAUCUUUGAUGUCGAGAGAAUCGAAUGGUUUAGUCCCGUCUUGU